AUGCAGCCUUUGCUCAAAGAAUCGGCAAAUACCAUACCGCCUACAGCAAAUGGACACAGCACUGACUGUAUCCAGCAACAAGUUGUUGCCUGUGAAGAAACGGUCGUUCUACUAGGCAACAACGACCAUUUGAUGUGUGCCAAGCCUGCUGAUUCAGGCCUCACAUCACAAGAAGGUUCAGACAGCAACGCGGCAUCAGACACUCAACAAUCGCCCUCGCCAACAGACGAAGGAGAAGAAGAAGCUCCGAACCAGAACGGCGCCGGAAAGGAUAAGCAGAAAGAACCGGUUUCAGCGGGCUGUUCGUCGCGCCAGCUCUUCCCUCCUGGCAGGAUCAUCCACAUGGUUGCGCUGCCCCCGCCGCCGGACCCAAACUCCGGCGACGGCACGGGCAGCGAUGAGGUCAUUGGGAUAUACGAGACGCCGAGGGAUUUGUACGGGAAGAUACGGCUCGCGCCCAACAUGAUUAAAGAACAUCACAUGCCUAGCUAUAUAAGUACGAUGGAAUCGUUGUUGGAACAGCUUGAGAAGGACGAUGAUGAUACCAGUAGAGCACCUCCAGGCUUCCAUGAAACAAAUUCAGGCGUCCGUCCGUCCCCUUCCGCUGCAACCCGCAAGCCUGCUGCAUCUCUCGCAAGGAUCGACAUGGCCGCCUCUGGUGGUGGUGGUGGUGGUGCUGCUCUCCGCGGCCUCGUCGUCGUCCUCGCCGUCGUCUCCGUCUCCAUGUGGGGUGCGGAGGCCACGAUCAACGUCAAGGAGACGUGCUCGUUCACGGCGCACCCGGACCUGUGCGAGAAGGACAUGACCAAGCUGCUGGGCCUGGGAGGCGCGCCCGCGCCGGCGCCGGCAGCGACGACGUCGGCCUGA